GAGCAAAAGCAAAGGCGAUAUUUGAAGAAAAAGAUGAGAAUGAGAGUGAAAUUUUAGAAGUCGGCCAUUGGAGAAGUAGGAAAUUGGAAGGAAGAGGGUAUGUGAAGGCCGCAGGUGGCAAUUCGGCCCAAGAAAGCAGAAAGUGGGGUGGCAAAAUUGUAGAAAGGCCCAACAAAAAUUGUAGAAAGGCCCAACAAAUUGUGCGAAAACCACCCCACAAAAAUAUCGUCUCCUCCGCGUGUGCGGAAACCACCCCGCAUAAUUUCCAAAAUACCCCCGAGCCCUAAUCCCCUCUUCCCCUUCCUCCUCGCUACGGCGGCGGCGGCGACGGCGACCGCCGGAGCCGACCCGAUCCCACCCGAGUCCUUCCCUGUGCGCGCACCGCUCCUUCCUCUACUUCCCGACCGCCGCUUCCUCCCCUGUUGGUGUGGGCGCGGGCGGCUAGAGGAAUCGAAUUGAAGUGGAACAGAUUACAUCUUCAGUCUUGGUUCUUUUUUUUUGGAUAAUCACUGGAGGGGAGAGAUUCCCCACCUGAAUUUUCCAUUGAUAAGAGAUUUCAUUACAAAGGAGGUUACAUAGGGCGGGCAGAACGACAGUGCCGUUGCCAUUACAUAUGUUGGAGUUGCAUAGGACAGGAGAAAAUUUCUUUCCAGGCUGAAACCACAAUCUGAUCAGGGCGCUGGAUACGCUCAGCCCACAAGUUAGCUUCAUCAAGACAGCGUCGAAGAAGUCGUCGGAGGGAAGGUUGCUCAUUUCUGAAGACGACAUCGUGUUGGUGGUUCCACAGACACCAUCAGCAGAGCAAGAAGAUGGUCCGAUGGUGCGCCACCGGUAUUGUUUCAGGGGGGUAAAUGCAACCGACAUCUCGUACAUCAGAGAUUCCAGGAUGAACAGAGAGGGCCGCCCAGAAGUCGCAGAUUACGGAACAACUCUGGAGGCAUGGCAGAGGGGUCCCUAGUUGUUGCCAUUUGCCAGUAUGGUGGAGAGUUCACUUCUGGCCCCAAUGGCAAUUUGAUCUACAAAGGAGGAGAAGCACACGCUGUUGACGUCACACGAGAGAUGUCACUAGAUAACUUCAAGGAUGAGGUGUCCAAGGUGUUUCAUGUUGAGGUUUCAGAUGUGUCACUGAAAUACUUUCUCCCGAACAAUAACAGAACUCUUAUCACAAUAUCAUGUGAUCGAGAUUUGCAACGGAUGGUCGAUUUUACUGCUAGUUCUGCACAAGUGGAUGUUUUUUUGAUAAGUAGAGUGGAGAACAGGAGUAUAACUCAGACUGGAGCCUCCACUGCUAAACCUGGGUCUAAUGCACGAGGUGAUAAAAGGAAAACGCCAACUUCCAAAAAUAAGGCAUCAAAAAACAAGAAGAAGACUCCCAGUGCUACUGGCACUGCAGUUCAAGCUAAUGCCAAUAAUGUGAAACAGCCAAGACAAGUUGUUACCGAAAAUGAUGACAACAGGGUUUUUCCACUGGAAUUUGGGAGUGAUAUUGCCUUUGCCAAUACAGCUGGAGCUGGUUCCACAGCUCCAGACAUCUUGAAUCAGCAAAAGCUUGCUCUUGUUGAUAACACAGCGAGGGAAUCAGUUGGGCUUUUUGAUGAUUCAGUCAAUCCAUAUGUUGGCUCUGAGAUCACAACAGAACCUACACAGGGUCUUAACAAUCCUAUUGUGUUUUGGGAUGAUAUUAUCAAAGGUGUCGGUCAAGAAUUUGAUAAUGUGAAGGAUUUUCGUGCUCAGUUAUGCAAGUAUGCUAUUGGGAAAGGAUUUGUUUAUCGAUUCAUUAAAAAUGAAACCACACGUGUCACUGUAAAAUGUGUUGGUGAGGGUUGCACAUGGCGGUUGCAUGCAUCUGAAUCAUCUCGGAACAAGAAAUUUGUUAUCAAGAAAAUGACAGACGAGCAUACAUGUGGUGGAGGAAGUGGAGAGGGUCAGCGGCGAGCAACAAGACAGUGGCUGACUACUGUCAUUAAGGAGAAGCUGCAUGAGAAUCCAUUGUUCAAGCCAAAGGACCUUGUCAAGGAAAUUUAUGAAGAAUACGGAGUUAUGCUGACCUAUUCACAGGUUUGGCGAGGUAGAGAAGUGGCACAGAAGGAGCUUUAUCAUGCUAUCCGGGAGACAUAUAGCCAUUUGCCCUGGUAUUGUGAAAGGCUUUUGGAGACCAAUCCAGGUAGCAUAGCUUUGUUGUCUCCGAUGGUGGAUACAAAAUUCCGCCGCUUCUUUGUUGCAUUCCACGCUUCUUUGCAUGGCUUCACAAAUGGGUGUAGGCCUCUCAUAUUUCUUGACAAGGUUCCGCUUAAAGCGACUAAUGAGUACAAGUUGCUGGUUGCUGCUGGAGUUGAUGCAGAUGAUGGUGUCUUUCCAGUGGCAUUUAAUGUGGUUGAAGAUGAAAAUUAUGAGAGUUGGGUUUGGUUCUUGAUGCAGCUGAGGUAUGCUCUCCAGAAUCACAACUAUCCUUACAAUGCUAUGACAUUUUUGUCCAGUGGACAAAAGGGAUUGGAUGCUGCUGUUCCACAAGUGUUCGAAGAAAGUCACCACGCCUUCUGUUUGCAUCAUAUCAUGGAAGAAUUCAAAGGAGAGCUGAGGAAGGGACCGUGGUCACAACAGAUAAGAGAUGGGAUGGUUGAGGAUUUCACUCGAGCAGCCCAAGCCUGCAGCAUCGAGGAUUUUAACGCAUCAAUUGAGAGCAUAAGGAAUAUAUCCACUGAAGCUGCUGAUUGGAUUAUUGCAAGUAAGCCGGAGCAUUGGUCAGAUGCCAUCUUCAGAGGCUGUCGUUAUGAUCAUUUCUCCUCGAACAUUGUUGAUGCUUUUAAUAACUGGAUACCUACCAAGAAGGAAGGAUCAAUAGUGCUGAUGAUAGACUCUCUGAGAAUGAAAAUAAUGGAGGUGAUAGAAGCAAGGCGCGAGUCUUGCAAGUCCUGGUCAGGGCCUUUAACUCCUUCCAUGGAAUUCAAAGUGCAGGAUGAGAUGUCCAAAGCUGGGAAGCUGACUGUGCUGUGCUCUUCUGAAACCGUGUUUGAAGUCCGGGGCAGUGCAAUUUAUGUUGUCAACCUUGCAAAUUGGGAAUGCACCUGUCGAAGGUGGCAACUUUCUGGCCUUCCUUGUAUGCAUGCUGUUGCUGUGUUCAACAGGGUUGGGCGAUCUUUCUAUGACUACUGUUCAAAAUUUUUCAGAAUAGAGAGCUACCAUUUGGCUUACUCAGGAGCAAUAUUCCCAAUUCCUGACAUGGAUACCGUUGAUUUUAGUGCUGGGGCAAAUUUGAUUCCACCUCCUAAGCCACGGACAUCAGAUAAACCCAGAAGGAAGCGUUUUAACCCCAACAAGAUACCUACUGUUGUACGGCUCUGUAGCAGGUGCAAGCAAGCAGGACACAAUAAGGCAACCUGUGAAGCGAUUUUGUAGACAAUGGAAGUUCUGGAUUAUCCAGUAUGCGUAGAAGGGUGAAAGGUCUGAAGCUUUAAGUGGAGUAGCGCUGGUGAGAAGCCGUAGAUUUUGUUGGAUGGAUGGAAGAACGAUGAGAUAUGAUGAAUGAUACCACCGUUUUGUAACUUAAUAUUAUAUUAUAAAUGGGGGUGGAAAGAUGUAGUAAUUUAAAUGUCAAAUCUUAAGAAGAAGAGGAAUGAAGGAUGAGCUUUGUUAGUAGAUAGAUUAUGGUUAGCGGUUUAGAAGUCAUAAUAGGUAGCAUGGCUGUUGAAAAUGAUGAUGAUUCAAGUGUACCAGUCCAUGAUUUUAAACAUUGUCUUUCUAGUCUUCUAUUCAGUGUUAAGGAUGGCUAUCAACUAGUUACCUUCUCAUGUUGUGGUUCUACUAUCUGGGUA